AUGCAACAACUCCGUAGCGUUGUCGAACAUGAUGUCAAGACGUGGUCUGAGCGUCUGAGGAAAAGUAACUGGGGCACAACAAAAAGGUACGUGACGAAUCCGCUGGCUCUCGAGGCGAACCACGCGGUUAUCACAGAAUCGCUGCGCGAGCCAAAUCUUCCUGCUAAGGUGCCGGAACGUUGA